GCGGAGAGCCAUGUGGGGAAAAUAGGCAAUAUCCUGUUGAAAUGAGUCACUAUUUAAGCGAAAUCAUCGACCGAGGGUCUUCAUUUUUUACUACAACUUGUAAAGGGUGAGACAUGGCAGGUAGCGGAGCUGCAAAAUGCGGAUUUAUCCUUCUAGAUGUGCUGGCAUUGGCACUGGUUGCCAUACCAGCAAUCUUGUUCCGCAUCCCAGGACUCAAGAUACCCAUAUUCCAACGUGGUUUCUACUGCGAUGACCAAACUCUUUCUUAUCCAUACAAGAGCUCUACUGUACCGGUAGCAGCACUGUAUGGGGUGGGCGUGGGUUUCCCCAUUAUAUUGAUCAUGCUGACCGAGAUCGUCAUCUUUGCUUACCGGAGACGUCAAGACACGGAAUACCUCCCGUCCGGCAGCUUCAACCGAUGCUGCUGUGAUGUGGUCAUUCCACCUCUCCUUUAUCAGGUCCUCAAGUACAUCGCUCAGUUCUGGUUUGGGUUGCUCAUCGUCUUGACGUCAUUUGACAUCGGUAAGAAUGUUAUCGGCCGCCUCCGGCCUCACUUCCUCACCGUUUGCCAGCCCAACUUCGGGGCGCUGAACUGUACGAAUGGGCCCCUUCAUAUGUAUAUUGAGGAGUACGAGUGUAUGGGAGAGAGCGAACACCGAAUUGAAUCUGCACAUCGCUCCUUCCCGUCUGGUCAUGCUGCCAUUUCAGUCUACUGUAUGCUGUUCCUAACGCUUUACAUUCAGUGUCGUUGGAAGUGGGGGGACACGGCUUUCCUUCGCCCCUUGGUGCAGUUCAUUGCCCUCAUGCUGGCUUUCUACACCUGUCUCAGCCGCAUCUCAGAUUACAAGCACCACUGGUCUGAUGUAUUUGCUGGAGCCGUCCUGGGCGGGGGCGUUGCUGUUCUUGUGUCCUACAGUGUCAACCAACAAAAGAAAGACUCUGGGAGCGUCCGACCUCUACCUGUGUCAGAGCAGCAAAGACAUGUCGAGUCAUCACAAUUCAGAAAUGGUGUUUAUGGAAAUGAACCCUCGUUCGACUCGUAGUAACAAGAAUGACGGUUUUAUCUGAGCAACAACAAGUUGAUUUGUUGGUAGUUCUUUUCAAUCGAGUUAAAGUUCCCUGGUGACAUUUUUAGGUGGAGACCAAAAUGGUUGACAAUUAUUUUAAAUGCAGAUAUGCAAAUCAAUGUAGGAUGUAUUUUAUUUUUGUUGUUGCAUGUAGUUUUUUAGAGCUCGUUAGGUACAUGUAUCUUGUUUAAAAAAAAAUUAUAUUUACAGCAUUUAUUUUACACAAAGGUUUUUACAAUUUAUUUCAUUCGCUAGUAAGGUGGUAAAAUAACCAGAUAUUCACCAAAAUAGUUAUUUAAAAAAGAAAAUUUUGCUCGUAAUGAAUUUUGACAGAAGAUGGUGUUUUGAAACAAAAGCAUACAGUGUAUUUCACAUACGCACAACUUUUACUUCUUUAUUUAUCUACCUCUAAUCAAGUGGUAUAUAUUUUUUGGCAAUACCUUUGCCAGCUUAUACUUUUCCUGAAUCUAUAAAACGAAAUACAAACUAGCACCAAAGAAGGUAUAGGCCUAUCUAUGGGUGACAUACGUAUACCCUAUGAAGCUUGCCUAGGAUUUUAUUUAGGGGGGAACUGACGUUUUGACCUGAGAUCCACAAAUUUGUCAAGAUAAUUUCCUAUGAAAAGCCCACCAUGUGUCAUAUUUGUUUAUACCUGUAAAUUGUAAUAGACUUCUGUACACAAUACUUUGAAUAGAUCUAUAAACUAAAUCCAGUCUUAACAAACUUAAUGUAAUGAUUAAGAUCGCUAUUGCCAAAUGUACAAGAAAACUUUUUAUUAGACAUCUGUCACUAUGCAUUUUUUGAACAAGUAUUUUUAAAAUAUUUAAUAUUUAUAUGCAAGGUUCUCCCUUGGCAGUGGUCCACUAGCCAAAUGCUAGUUAAAAAAGCUGAGGACUGGUUGAAAUUUUCGCCAAUUAAUUGUUGAGAAUAGUUCAGUCUUGGAAAGUAUCCCUUUAUGAAAUAAGGACUAGUGGAAAAACUAACAGACUAGUUAGACUAACAGGUCCUGCUGACUGGUCAUUGAAGCAGUUCAAACACUGAUAUAGUUAGCUAAUACUAAUGAAAGAAUUUUUGAUUCUGGAAGUUUUUGCACAGAGAAGAGCGAUAUUAUCUGUAUCACACAUCCAUUUAGUAUGCAGGCCUGGAACUACACAGAAGCCAUGGAGGCCUUGGCGUUUGGUGCCCUGGUCUUGGCUGCUGGUCGUCCGGCCUAUAUGCUUUGUUUUUGAAAGGGCAAGGGCACCAAGGCAUUUCCUCCUUAGAAGAGGGCACCCUGUGACGAUAUUGUGAAUUUCUACUGGAGCAUUUUAAGGACACCAAGGCAAUGACCAUGGGGCACGGAGGCAAUUGCCUUUGUUGCCUCCGUGAAGUAUCUAGGCCGUAGUGCCUCUUCAAUAGCUUCACAUAGACAUGAAGAUUUUCCAGUGGAAGUGUCCUUUGCAAAAUUAAUAUGGUCUUGCCCUCUCCAAGAUUAAUUUCCAAGCCUGCAUUAGUGGAAAGAUAAGACUAAGGGUUGGAAUUCCAAGGAAUUAUUAACUAUCUUUUUAAAAUAAAUUUAUUUACCCGGAGGCUAGGUUAGUUUGAGCAUCGCUGCCUCAAAUCUCCAGUUUCAAAUGAAGGCUCUUCAUUAAAGCCUUGCAUACCGUAUAUUUUUUUUCAUAAAGAUGUUUUUUUUUUUUUAACCUUGUAUUAUUUUCAUUUUGUAUAGGGGGGGAUGUAAAUUAGUGCCUGAAGUAUAGAAUGCUUGUAUCAUAAAUAGUAGUUUUUUAAGUUUAUUUGAUAAAUGUUGAUGUGUAUGAUUAUGUCAUGUAGUGACUCAAGUAAUUGACAACUGAAAAGCUGCUGCGAGUAUUUUUGGUUGGUACUGAUGGCAAAGCUUCCAGUGACUCACUGUGAAUUACUGCAACACAGUCAUUCUUAUCUUGAAUCGCCGUGACUCACUCUGACUCACUGUCACUCACUGUGACUCACUGUCACUCACACUUCUAAAGUUAGGCUCAGUGUAGUACAGUUGGGCACACCUACGGUUUCUACCAAUUUGUUGUUAGCUUGGCAUCUGUCUUGUGAAGAGUCGAACUGGCCCGUAGUCAGUUCAGAAGUCAUACUUGCAGUUGGAAAUAGCUUGAGUCAAUGUGACAUUAAAUUCAACUGAGAUAUUAGGCCAUAUGUUAUGUAAAAUACAAGGUGUCAUGUAUAAAAUAUUUGUAAGGCUCUUAAUAAUAAAUUUUCUGCAUGCAGCACAAUUUACUGGCUGCACAAUGUAAUCAAUAUUUGCACCAUAAUUAUGCAUACAACUUUUAGAAAAAUUCAAAGUUUUCACAGUUGCACUUUUAAACUUGCACAAAGCAUUAUCAUUAGAAUUGUUGGAAUAAGUUUGUUAAAUAAAUACUUUAGAUGAAAGUCUGUACACUGUACUCGCACUUCUUAA